UUGAAGAAAUGGAUAUCACCUGGCAGAUGGCAAUGGCAGCCUUCAGAGCCCAAAAGUUUGUGAAAAGAACAGGUAAAAACAGGUGGGGAAAUGCAUGGAAUGGAGCUGCUAAAGUACCCUUCAAUCUUCGUUGUUUCAACUGUCAUGAGGAAGGACACUAUGCUCGAAACUGCCCGAAGCCACUUGUAAACAGAGAUCAAACUCCUGCAACUCCUGCUCAACCUGCAACUCCUAAUCGAGAAAGAGCUCUUGUGACCACUACAAGUAUAGCAGAUACUGCCGCUUCUGGAAGUCCACAGCCGCAAGGAUUAGCACAAGCACUGGUGGUGCAGCCCAACAUCAACUUUGAUUGGUCUUCAGAAAUUGAGCGUCUGAACAUAUCAGCUCCAGAGAAUCAAACUGCUACAUCCAACAUUGCUUUCAUGACUUCAAGCGAACAUAGCCCAAAGCCAGAGGAAGAGACUGCAGCUGAUGAUUUUGCAUUCAUGACUCAAAUCCUGUCAGCACCUGUCAAAGGUCUCACGAAAGAAGAGAUGAUAGCUCUGAAGUAAAGUGUGGUGAUGUUCAUGGGAG